AUGCAAACAGCGGCCGGAGAUGGAGAGAAGAGCGUGCGAAUCGGCGACGCGCAGAGACGUCGUGAGAUACGCGCAGGUUUAGCUCUCCUUUACCUUCUCAAUUGUUUGCUUAAUUUAUCCCGGCUAAAUUUUUGGCACGAGAUUGGUGGAAACGAGAAAGUGGUGAAGGCGAAAAUGAAAGAGGAGAAACGCUUGAAUUAA